CGUUUCAGGCCACAGUAGGAUUGCAGCUCAUUUGUCAACUUUUCGUCAAGCUUUCUUUUCAAAGCCAUCAAUGUCUGAAGAAGUUACUUAUGCAGAUCUAAAAUUCCAGGACUCCACCAGGAUAGAAAAUAUUCAGGAGUUUGACCAAGUUGGUGUAAAAGCACCUCCUAGUCCCUCCAAUGUAUGGCAUCCAAGAACCUUGGCUGUGACUCUUCUGUGUCUUCUGCUGCUGAUUGGAAUGGGAGUCUUAGGAACAAUAUAUUACCUAACUUCAAAAAUACAAAUGGAAAAAUUGAAAGAGCUACAAAAUUUCAAUGAUGAACUUCAGAGGAACGUUUCUCUACAACUAACAAAUAAUGCGGAUAGUUUCAAGAAGAUCGGGAACCUCUCUGUCACACUGAAAGAAAUGGCCACCAAAUUAUGUUUUGAACUAUAUAGGAAAAAACCAGAACACAAAUGUAAACCUUGUCCAAAGGAAUGGAUGUGGCAUGAGAACAGCUGUUAUGUGGUACUUCGGAAGUAUGAGAAUUGGCAAGAGAGUGUCACGACAUGUUCUACUUACAAUGCCAGCCUGGUGAAAAUUAAGAACAAAAGCAUAUUGAAAUUUAUAAGGUCCCAGGAGUUAUAUGACUGUUGGCUAGGAUUAUCUCCCGGAAAAGAUGACAUGUAUUAUAAGAAGUUGGAUGAAACAAUUUUCUCCUCUGACUGGUUUACAAAAAACACAAGUGCCUUAAGUGGUGGAAUGUAUUGUGGAUAUAUAAGAUAUACAGAUCUUUACUUUUCACUCUGCACUCAGAAAAAAUAUACUAUGUGUGAGAAGUUAGCUGAUCCAGUGAAGAUUGAGAGCUCACUAAUGAAUGAAGAACCAGAUGGAUGAAUGCAGUUACUGUAAUUAUUUUGCCUUAGCAACUCUAGGGAACAUACAUAUUUUGGAUCACACAAAUGGAAUAAAGCU